AUGGUCAUAGCCACUGGUUGUGGCUCAUUGUCAACCUCGCCACGCUUCACAAGUAGAAUGCUUUUAACUUCGCUAGGUGAAGUGAUUGAGCAUACAUUCCACGUACCUCCCUACCUCCUCAGAAUGAUCAGAACAGAUUGUGUCCUGCUGUAUGACACCAGUCAAGUUCCUGUUCCGGGAAAAGUUGGAGGGAGCAGAAGAAGCUCAGCUUCUCGGAAAAAACCUUAUGAGCUGGACACCUAUGGACUGGUCCCACUACCCGCGAAAGUAUGCUAUUACUGUAAGAAAAGCUGUGCAAAGGGAAUACUCCUAGCGUGUGACUAUUGUCCGCUACUCUAUCAUUUAGACUGUCUCGACCCACCUCUAACUUUCGUGCCAACUGGAAUUUGGAUGUGUCCUAACCAUCCCCAACAUUUAAUUGACGAAGUACUUUGGAAUGGGACAGGAUUUUCAGAAAGAGUCGCACUGUGGGAGAAAUAUGGAAACAAUCAAGUUGACGAACAUAAAGUGAAGAUUGACUUUUUGAGGAAAGUCCACUCACGAAAAUAUCAUCCGUUCCGUGUCAAAACCAACAACACCUUGUCCAUUCAGGUUCCAGAAUAUGUAAAGGAGGCUUACAAAAAUCCAAUGCCGAAAGAGUUUUCACCUAGAGAUCUAUUAAGAGCCUCCAUAAUUUAUCAAAGAGAAGUCGAAAACAUGAAAAUUGAAAAAAAGAAAAAGGAGCAUCUUGCCACCCCUGAAGAGCAGGAGUUGGCAAUAAAUAUGGCUAUACAAAUGAACUUGGAUGCCCUUGUCAACCUACGGAAAAAUGAAAAAAGUAAAAAAGCUACAUCAACAAGUAGCAAAGAGACUCUAGAAUCCAGAAAUGGUCUGGAAGAACCAUGCGAGAAAAUGAUCAAUGGAAAUGACAAAACUUACCAGGAGGAUGCUGCUACAACUGAUCAAAAAACUUCUCUUAGACAAAUAAAAGAUCCGGUACUCCUUCUAGACGAACUCACCGCCUUUGUUAACAAUGAACUCAAGACUUAUGGUGAUCAUAAUGGCGAGAUAGAUACAAGCUCAGAGAUAGAUGAGUACAGGUUGGACCAAAUAAACUACGAAAAACUCAACUCCAUCAAAGUUGAGAAAGCAAAGUGUAAAGCUGAUAAAAAGGAUGAAAAUGAAACCACAAAAAGUAAUGCUCAAGAAAGAAGUACCCCCGAAGAAUCUGCUAGUAUUAAAAAUGUUAAAGAGCCAAAAGAGAAACAAGAUAACAAAGAAAAUCUAGAGUCAAGAGAUGAUCUAGACAAGCUUGCUGUAGAAGACUACGAGGAGAUCAUAGAAUCCUUGGACAUUAAGGUCUUAAAGUAUCUAGCUGCAAAACAGCUUAGACAGCAGCUCAACGAUAGUAAAGAAGAUUCCUCCAAGAUCUCAGUCGACGAUUCCUCCAAGAUGUCAGUCGACGAUUCCUCAAAGAUCUCCGAGAAGAAAGGAGAUAAUUCCUCAAAGAUCUCCAUCGAUGAUUCAUCAAAGAUCUCCGUAAUCACAAAUGGUACCGCUGAGAUGGAAAUUGAAGAAGGGCCAAAGACAAAUGAAAAGCCUGUUGAGUCGACAUCAAACAUCCCUGGCCAUAACAAAGCUGCUGAGGUGAACCUGUCCCAGGAGACUCUUAGGCCACGACUCCCGCUAGACAUUCUCCUGACGGAUCGUCCAAGGAAUAUCAACUUAGAAGCACGUAUUAGAUCCAGAACGCAGGGUGUGCUUCUUACUCUCCCUCACCUCAACUUUAAAGUAGAGGUGCCUUCAAAUGGAAAUCAUGUGGUGAUAGGAAAAGAUUAUCGUCUCGCUAACCCCCUCUUUCUGUCUCUUGCUGGAUCGAGUUGUACGCGUAUAUCUAAUGCGCAUGCUUCAGUAUUUUUCUGUAAGAACACAAGGAAAUACUGGCUUAAAAACUACAGCCAUUUUGGCACUGUGGUCGAUCACAUCAUGUGUGGCUUAAACAUGAAACCAAACAGAAAGUCGGAAGAACCUAGCGAAUUGAGGAAGGAAGUUGAGGCCAUCAAGAGUAUUAGAAAUAAACGGAAGGCUUUAGCGACGCAGAUAAAGCCGGUGAACAUCCACGUACCAGAAGAUGUUGCUGUACCCUCAACAUCUACUGCCAACCCUACGACAGUUCCUCGACAGUGUAAAUGCUUCAUAUACCAGCCACAGGCAGGUUACGAAGGUAUGAUCGCCUUGACACAUGGAUGCUGCAUAAAAAUAGGAUGCGUGGAACUCACAUUUAUGUACCUGAACCAAGUAGACCAAGUUCCUUCAAAUGGUGGGCCGCCCGCUAAAAAGAGAAAGCUUGAAUAAAGUCUUCAUAUUGUUUAGAAAAGACUAGCACACAAUUGUGCCUUACAAAGUUCAUUUUGCCUAUUUGGAGGACAGUUUUUUACCUUAGAACUUUGAUGUGUUGUAAUUUUUAUUGCCUCUAUGAGGAGUAUUUGUAAACAUUGUUUUAUUAGUGGAGGAUUGUGUAUAGAUGAUUUCCAAGAGACAAUUUUUUACCUCAACUGUAUUUUAUUAGAUAUCUCAAAACACUGUACGUGUACACUUUCUGUAUGUUUACAGAACUCGUGUUUUUUAAAUCCUCCAUUAGUUUUAUGUGUUAAGUUUUUACCUGCUAACCCAUUUGCGUCUUAUGUACAUAAACACUAAACAGUUGUUUUUAAUGGAAGAUAUUUUGACUUGAGUCAGUCUAAACUUUAUUUUAAUUUUGUUGUUCGAAGUAUAAAUGAAUGAAAUCUUCAUUCCAGCAAGGCAAAUGACAAAAUUGCACAAAACACACUUAUUCAAAAGUAUACCUCUGCAAAAGUAUUAGACGUUGUAAAACUGUUUUAAAUAAACGGAUAAGAGAUUAAAUACUCACCACGCUGAUGGUUAAAGUAAAGAAAAGCUUUUUAAUUGGACCCAAAUCUAACACUUGCAUAACAAAAUACAAAGAUUAAUGUCAAGAACAACAGUUCCCCAAAAUCGAGGGAUUUGAAUUGGUUGUAUAAGUUAGUGCCAACUUAACUACUGUAUUAAAAAAAAUAAUUUCACUCGGGAACAAUAAUGUUCAAUUAUUUAUUUAGAUGUUUCAAAUUUCACAGAAGUAAAUGGGUUAGCACAGUUUCAUGUUACUUAGGUUUUUAUGUUGUAUCAUAUUUUUUUACUUAGUGGUUCCCAACCCUUUCUUCACAUUACUUGAUUUUUUAGUUUGUUUUACAUAUCACAUUUAAAUUUUUGUAAAUUUAAAGGGAAACAGUUCAAAUAGAAAAAUUUAGUUUUAAGGGUAAAUUUUGCAAUAUUGAAAAAGUACAAAAAUUAAUAAAAACUUGUAAAAUGUUAGCAAUAAACCACACUGCCGCUAUAAUGUAAAAAACAAUCCAUCUAGUUCUGAAGAAAAACUAAAUUUCUAAGAAGUGAGGUUGUAGUUAGCAAUCAAACGUUUGCACAAGUUGGGAACCGCUGGAGAAACAAAUUAAUUUGGAGUUUACACUACCUUUUAGUUUAAACAGUUUCUUACCUAUUUUACCAGUUUUCCUUGCAAUUUGUUUUUGUGCAAAGGUGAAUUAAAGAUCAAUGAACAUAUGUUUGUUUUGUUCUCAAGUGCAGUGUAAAAGCUAAUGUUUGACUAUGAACUGUCAACUUAAGCAGCUUUAUAAAAAUUGUCUCUAUUGCUGUACAAAUUAUAUUUAUUUAAUGUUACUGUUAAGUUUUGUGAUAUUUUUAUAAAUAUUAGAAAUUUGUCAGUCCGGUUUUUGAAUAGUCCUACGUCUUGGACUGUUAAUGCUAGAUAUUACGCAUUAUGCUUCCUUUAUAAGAUACAAUAUCAGGACUCUUGACUUACUAUUGCUCGCCUCAAACUUAUAAUGUCAAUCAAACCUACUCAGUAUUCAAUGAUUCAAGUUUUGCAGUAAUUCUCACCUACCAUAAGUCCCCUAGGUAUCGAGAAUUACAUUUUUUUACCUAACUUUUCUUAUACAAUUUAAGUUUCAGUUAAAUUUUAAUUUAUUACUUUCUGUUUGGCAUUGAUCAUUGUUCUAUCUGUUCUGUUUUUAUCGUUUGAUUCCUCAUACUGUUUUAAGCGAUUUCCACAAUCAUCCUGAAAAUCACUCAAAAGGAUCAAUUUACAAAUUGCAACAUUGUUUCCAAUGUUAUUACUCUAUGCCCCCAUUAAUUAACGAAAGAUCUUCCCAUUUUUAUUAUAAUGUGUUGUAAACUAGGGUAUAUUGAGAAUCUAUAAUCUUAUUUAUUAUAAUUGGUAUUUCGUGUCUAUACACGAAAACAAGCAUAGGCUGUGAUGUAUCAAUUAAGUAAUUUAAAUGUAAAUUAAGAGCGUACAUACAACAGUCAAGUGAAUGCUUGAUUGAGGGUAUAUAGAUUUUGUCUAGACCAAAUAUUAACUACCCAGCCGUUUUGAUAACAUCAAAAUUAUUUUUUCAAUUCACAAUCUGCAUGAAAUGCAACAUAAUGCAACAUAUAGAAGAAGUAAAAACAAUCAAAUUCCUAGAACUUAUUAUUUAAUAGACCAAAAAUUAAAUUUCAACUCACAUAUUGAGCAUUUAUGUAAAAAAACUUUCCUAAAUUAUUUUUAUACUAAGAAGAUUGUCUAUGUUCUGUAGUGAAGACGCAUUACUCACUGUAUAUCAUUCGCUAAUUAUUUCCAAUAUUAGAUAUGCAAUACCUAUAUGGGGCUCAACUUCA